GUUCAGCAAACGCGGUCACACUGCAAGUUCAGAGCUCGAGUGAUUUUCAUCGCGUCGCGAAACGAAAAAAAGUUAUAUAUAUAUUAAAUUUGCGAGGCAUAACAACCAUUUACCCAUUCCUGGGGGCCAAAUGUGACGGUGCUGUUGUAGUUGUAGUAGUUUAGGGUACAAGCAGUCGGUUGGUACCACAACAACAUAACGAAAACGGAAUCCAAUUGGAAACGGAAACUGCGCGUCCUUUAAAAUAUGUGACAAAGAACAACAAAGAGGCAACAAAUUGUUAAGCAACUUGCUCAGUUACAAGAAUAUAUAAAUGUGAUGCAAUAGCAUAACCAUUUCCACACGGACGCCACAGCAACUUGGACAGUAUUAGGCAGACUUCGUAACUAGCAUAUUUUCGCAAACAGUACAUGCAUACGCUUAGCACAACAUAGUGGGCCACAGUUUGCACUCAUAUUACCCCAAUAGGGCUCCAAAAACCGUAGCGCUCAAAUGGAUACUUUUUGAUUUAGCAUAGGAUGCUGCCGAGCCUGGAUACCUUAAUGCGUUGCUCGAAGCGAGUUCUGCAAUCGCCGCUGGAGGCGGCGGCCAGCCAGAUGCGGAAUGGGCACAGCAAGUCGGCCGCCGGGGGCAUCUACGGCCCCUUUACGCCGGACAACGAUCUCAGCUGCUCGGGACGGGGCGAUUGCGUCAACAACACCUGCGUCUGCGACAUUCGGUACGCGGGCAACGAGUGCGACAUCUUCAAUCUGCCCUACUACGCCGGAAUCUCCACCGUCUUCUACGUGGUGGCCCUCGUCUCGGUCAUCCAGCUGCUCAUCUGCAUCGUGGCCGAAUAUCAGCGGCUGAAGCAGCCCUCCGUACUCCGCGCCUGUCGCAUCACCACCCAGAAACUGCUCUACUUCAUGGUCUUUGUGGCGGCCUCGUUGCGAGGUGCCUACUUCACCACACCCCUGGAUCUGCAGCCACAAUGGGCUGUCACCCUGAUGUCCGCCUACUAUCCAUUGCUCAUGACCUGCGCCUCGCUAAUUGUCUGCAUGUGGGCCGAGAUCUUUCACCUGCGCGACAUCCGCUGGGAGAAGUCGCAGUUUCUGUCGAAGAGCUUCCUCGGCUUCGUGGCCUUCAACUUCUUUCUGUACAGCCUGUUUGGCAUAGAGGUCUUCAACUCGCUGAUCAACGCGGAGCGUCGCGACUACGCCCACAUCUUCAACGGAUGCUAUGCAGUAUUACUCCUGAUCGUGGUGGUCUUCUUCCUCAUCUACGGCGUGGAAGUGUUCUUUAAGCUGCGCGGCGGUUUCGUUUACGACCAGACGGGCAAGAUUCUCGGUCCCAGCGAGGCAAUUGUGAAUGCCUCACAAUUGCAUCAGUCGCGAUUCGGACUGCUGUUUCAGGCCGUGAUGCUAAUCGUGAUUGUGGGCUUUCUGACUUCCGAAACUUUGGGCGACUUCUGGAAGACCAAGGUUCCAGUUAACUCGCGCAACUGGCAUGACAUCAUUUUUCGCAUCGCCGAGAUCGGUGUGGCUCUCUGGUUUCCCUGCUGCCUUUGGAACUCGAUGGCUCCUGAACAGCUCUGGAUUCUAAAUCCUCGCAAGCUUCUAUCCCGCCAAAUUGAUCCGUCGAUACCCACUCUAAAUGCGGAGACCAACAAGCUCUCGCCCGAAGAGGGCCAGUCGUUUUUAACCAAAAAGGAUUGCUGGAUCUGUUACGACUCCGACAAGCCAGAGCCCCUCAUCCAGCCCUGCCGCUGCACUGGCGACGUAAGUUCGGUGCACCACGAGUGUCUCAAGCGCUGGCUGGUGGAGAGCUGCAGCAAUUCGGAGGCGCAGUUGUCGUGCAAGGUCUGCGGACAUCCCUACGAGAUCGAAAAGUCCAAAAAACUCGAAUGGGACAAGGGCUUCACCAUUCAGCAUUGGUCCAAGACGGUUAUAUUGAUCACCUUGAUGUGCGUAACCGGUGCCACCGCCUGGGUGGUGAUCCAAAUGUACGUUGAUCCGCUGGUGCGCGUGAUGACAGUGGGCAUCGCCGUGCUCAUUGGCUAUGUGUGCGUCAAGUGUUUGGGCGAGAACACCGUGGUGGCCUAUCAGCGGGCCAAAGUUAGCUCAAUCAACAUCGUGACCAGCUCGGAGAUGGAGAAGUUGCACACCAUUUGCGAGGAGGUCAGCGCCAGCACCUCCGCAGAGGCGGUUCGGGCGGGAGCUGCGUCCUAAGAGGCUACCACACACAUCAGCUGAACCCCCACAGACAAAACAUUACUUACUUACUUACCUAGUUUAGCAUGCGUUUUGCACAGGUUUUGCUCAAUGCUCAAUUAUUAGUUUACACAUCACACGCGAGGUGGGUCCUAGCACCCGCCUUUCUAUCCUCAACCGUGUACAUAGGUUUAAAUCUCUAGCGAGUAGACAAGAAGAGUAGCGAAAAGCGUUUCGAUUAACGAGUGAAUUUCGUCUCUCAAAUUAUCAUGCAGAUUUCCAGAAGCAAAGUGUAUUACAAGAAGCCAAAUAUUACGUAGAAUAAGUGUAGGUCAGUAUCAAUUGCGAAAGCGAAACGGAAACGGAAACAGAAACGAGAACAUCCUGAGAUUAUGAUUACGAACGCGUUGCCAAGUAGCCUGAAGAGCGAAUAAGCGAGAAGAUAGUGCUUAGAUGCGCCAGUGAGUCAGUCCCCAUGCUGAUUUAUAGUUUAUAGUUUUCUUUUAUUUACACCUAAAUUAUGAAAGCAUUUUGAUUUCCUUCAUUUCAUUAUCGGUUUCAUCCAUGGAUGCAAACAAGAAGCAAGCAAAACACGAGUACUUGGCGAAUAUUAAAUUAAGCAAACAAGUUUUUAAUUUGUACUUGAUGGAAAUACGUUUCUUAUUAACCUUUAAGUUUACUCCUUAAGAAACUGAUUUGUAUAAGCUGCGCCCAUAUAUACAUACACACGAACAUAUAUAAUAUAUAUAUAUAAAUUUUAUUGUAGUUACUACACAAAAUUUGUCAAAGCAAAGAAAAACAAAACAAAAUCCACAAAAGGAAAGAAUCCAACAUACAAUUUAAGUUACCAUACAAUUUUUGUGAUAAAACUAACAAAUAAAAUACAAUUUAUAAAACGC